CGAAGUGCCUGAAGCAAAAGUGGCUGUAGGGGAGAGCCCUGUUGAAGGCACUGUUAGGAGACAGCACGCACCGAAAUUUUUGGCUCUCUAUUCUGUUCCAUGAUCAUUUGCUCUGUGAAACAUUCUUUAGUUGUAAGCUGGUGAGGCCAGACAUGGGUAAUAGCCAGAGUCAAGAUCAAGAUGUGUUAAUGCAAUCCUUGGCAAACAAGAGAGAACUUGAUAUAAGCAAGAAGUUAACACAUACCCAAUAUGUUAAGCACACUCGUGGCGAAGACAUCGAGGGUUGUCUGACAGAUCUGCCCUGGGAUCUGAUUGAUGAGGUCUCACUGUAUGAACGGGUGAAUGCCUCAUUCAACCUGGUCAGUACCCUGCCAGUGGAACUACCCCUACGAUUGCCACAUCUGCAGCAUCUGAACCUGAGCCACAAUCGGAUCAAGGAACUGCCUGAGAGCAUUGCUCUGUACUUUCACCUGGAGGAGCUGAACGUCUCGUACAACCUGCUCGAAUCCCUGCCCAGGAACAUCACCAACAUGCGGCGCCUGGCGGUGCUGGACGUGUCUCACAACCGCUUCAGGCAGCUGCCAGACGACGUCGGCCUCAUUCCGGGCCUGCGCAAGCUGAACGCCUCCUACAACCAGCUGUCCCUGCUGCCGACCUCGCUCGGCUCCAGCGACUCCGUGCGCGUCCUGCUCGUCGACGGCAACAAGUUCCUCAGCACCAUCUACGAGGCGGGCUCGGACAACGUGCUGGCGCAGCUGCUGCUGUUCGGCGCGGCGCUCGGAGACGCCCUCGGCCUGGCCACCGAGGGGCUGAGCCGCGACCAGUGCCGCUUCCACUACGAGCCGGACUACACGCUGGCCGACACGGUGCGCGACGAGCUGCGCGUCCGGUACCGCGACGGCGACUGGACGGCCAACACGGACCUGACGCUGGUGGCGCUAGACUCGCUGCUGCACUGGGGCGGCGUGUUGGAUGAGCUGGACUUGGCGCAGCGGCUGCACGGGUGGCGCCACCGCGGCCUACCGGAGCUGGCCGACGCGCGCCGGCCGGCCGCCGACCUACUGGCCGUGCGCACCAUCGACACGGCCGGCUUCACCGAGGCGCCGCACGCGGCCGCGCGCCGCGCCAGCGGCUCGGCCAACAACAACCUGAGCCCGGCGCGCAUCCCCCGCUUCCACGACCUGUCGGAAGUGGCCGGCAACGCGCAGCGGGUCUGUCUGACCACACACGCGCAGCCGUUGUGCGUGGCGGCGAGCGUGACGCUGGCGGCGCUGGUGGCGCAGCUGCUGCAGGGUCGCGGUCAGACGGCCGCCGACAUGGAGCACCUGCUCAGCGCAGCUGGCGCGCUUGGAGAGAAGUUCACCACCGACGAGCACGAGCGGGAUGCACUGAACAGCUGUUUUCGGGAAACGGGCGAGGACAGCACGGAACCGGUCGUGGACGGCGAGGGUGGCCUGCUGUCGGCGCUGGCGGCGGCGGUGGACGUGCUGCGGCGCAGCAGCCGUACCCUGCUGAGCAUGAUGGGCCUCUGGAGGUAUCCUAAUGGACCCAACAGGACACCACAGGCGCCCUGA